AUGAGCCGCAUUGAGCGACGAAAGUGCCGUGACGGCGCUCUGGGAAACAAUGCGGAGACGUGCACUGGCUACGGCCGUGGUAGAGGGAUAUCUCCCAGGCAUCGAGAGCGAGGUCACCUCGAGAAUCAGGACUACUGGGGGGUCGUAGCCGACAAUUAUGGCAGAAAACGAAGAAAGCCACAUGCCCUUCACUCUGAGUACACGUUGGCUUCACCGAAGAGGUCCAUCCUUCAUAAAGCAGCGGGACAGCACCUGGCACGCGGCCUUCCAAGGCUAGAGGCGCCGAGAUGGAUUAUGGCGGUUUCUUCUAGUCCAAGGUCUCGCCAGGUUUCAAAAUUUCACUGGCCAUCGGAGCAGAUCACAGACGCUGCAGGCAAGCACAAACUUGUAUUGUUAACGGCAGCUAGCUCCGAUGUAUUCGAAACAGCGAGCAGCACGACGCGAUCCAGAUUCAACUCAGCAGUUGAUGAAGUGCUAGUGUUGCCUGACUUUGCUCGAUGUACGUCUGAGGUAGAGAGCACUUGGUCAACUCUCCUAGCAACGCCAACGAUCUCGCGACGCUACGUUGGCGGGCAGCGUCAUCACGGGCCGCUCAUCACGACCGCCAUCCAGCGGCCGGCCCUCGGGUCUCAGGUCGCAUGGCUCGUGCCCAGGGACACAUGUAAUGAGAACAACCACGCCCGCCCGUUGAGCUCGGUGCCGAGUUGGGGCACCGGGGAACACCGAGGACUUAACGGAGGACCUGGCGGGGGGGACGUCCCCGAGAGGCGAUACAAAGGGGGACGUCCCCGAGAGGCGAUACAAAGUCUGCGUGUCGGGUCAAUCAACCAAUGGGCGUCUGAAGGAGCGGGGAAUACACACCUCUGGCUGAAGCCGGGGAAACGUAGCGGGACAUGCGCAGAUUGCCCAGAUGCGUGUUGCGGAAUGGACCCGUCGAGGCCCCGUACGAUGGCCGAUUGGCCAUGGAGCAGGUUAUGCUACCAACCGCCUCGAGGCCGCGCAGCUCGGAGGGCGUUGCACCCGACGACAUUGCGACGAUCUGAGAUGCAUACUUCCGACGGGGAGCCAUUCCGGGUGUUCCCAGGUGUUCUCUCGCACAUUGGUGACGUCCGCAGGCGAGCCAGGCCAGACGCCGUCGCAGCAGCCGCCACCGUCGUCGCCGCCGUCGAAGACGCCCAGGAGCCGUGGCCGCCAGCGAACGAUCGUCGUUGCGCGACUCUGACGGCGACCAGCGACCUCGAGCUCGCGACUCGUGUUCCGAGUCUCGUCGGUCUAUCUGUUGGUGUACUACUAUCAUAUGCAAUGCUUGCGUCCUUCCCGACGCCGGUUUUGGCGCUCGCGCCAGACGUCCUGAAGGACCUCGAGGGGAAGGAGGCGCUCUCGGGGCUUUGGGCACUAUUCACAAAGUGCAAGGAGUCGCUGCAGGACGGGCGGCGGCUCGAGAAUAUUUCGUGGCGGCUGUGGUACGCGGAGCUCGCGGCGUCCCACUCGAGCGUCCCAUCCACGCCGUCGUCCGACUCGCUGCUCGUCUCCCGGAGCUCGUCUCACCUGACCGCGUUUACCGAGGACGAAAAGGAUGCGUCACGCGCAGGCCUGCGCUCGUCGCCUCUACUAACCCCGAUAGCGCCCCCGACGCCCUCUUCUCCUACUGGCCGCCACCGCUCGCCCUCGCCCCACCCGUCGUCCGUGGUCUCGUCGUCACAUCUGAGCGUAUCCGAUAUUCCUCCAGCGCGCGCGCGGCGCAGCUCCUCGGUCGGCAAAAUCAUCUGCGACUUGCUUCCGGAGAAACUGGUCGUGCCUCACGGCCACUGCCCGCAACGCACACCCUCCGGCGAAGAGCCGCCGCCGAUUACGAAGACCGCUACCUCCUCCUCCGGCACACCCAGGUCCAGUGCGACUGCCACACCUCCGCGGGCUGCAAACCUAAACGUUAGUACUGUGCCGCUAAUCCAGGCCCCUGCGCGGUCCGAGGUCUCGCCCCCGUCUGCGAGCACGACUGCAGCCUCCACGCCCCAGCCAUCAGGCCUAUUUCCGCGGGUCGUUAUAGUCAACCCGACGCCCCACCCGACGCCGCCAGCGACCCCACAGAUGCCUCCGAACGCGGCGCCCCUCGCGAUUCCGAAUAGCACCACGCUGCUGCCCCCGGCGCACCCGCUCGCGAAGCCGGUGAAUCCCGCUGCGUUGCGCGGCGCGUCGGCGUUCCCCUCGGCGUCCGUAGCCCAGCCGGAGCCCUCAGCUCCUGCCGCGGUGAAGAAGGCGAACGACGAGACGCUCAAGGCGUCGGAUCGACGGAGGUUCUUCCUCCACCAGGCUGAGUCGCCGGAGAAGGAGAGCCCCGAGCGCCCGUCGCCGACUACGGAGGCUCCACCUAUUGAUGAAGACGACGCAGAGCUUGAGGAAGAGGUGGACGGCGAGCCGGCGACGCUUGUCGAGCCAGGCAGCGUUGCCUCGCACAGCUCUGCCGCCUCGGCCGUGUCUACCCGGAGCAAGUACAGCACCGCGGCGUCCUCGAGACGGGUUGGCGGUGGGAGUACAACGGGGAAGGCGAGGAAGGGGAAGGAGCCCGCGAAGCGGCCGGUCGUGCACCGGAUGCAUACUGCGGGCGCGAUUAAGCGGAGCGCGAGCGCCGCAAAUGUGGUGGGCAUGGUGCGGACGAAGAGCGGGGGUGGGAAGCCCCUUGUUGUGGAGAGGACGCGGAGCGCGGGAGCGGGGGGGAAGAAGGUGGAGGUGCGGGGGUUGACCAUGGCGAAGGUGGAGGAGGGGAAGGGGAAAACGGGGGUGAAGGGAGAGGAGAAGGGGAAGGCACCGGGGAAGAUCGAGGAGAAAGGGAAAGCUUCUGCGAAGGAGGAGCGGGCGAAGUCGCCGCGGUCUGAGGAUGCGGCAAAGGACAAGGGGAAGAGCAAGGUGGAGAUGCGACCUGUCGACGAUGCGAAGUGCAGCAAAACGGCGGACGAAGCUUCCAAGGGCAAGGCGAAGGCCGAGGGACCCGUGAAGGGUAUAAUCAAAGCUGAAGAGCCAGUCAAGGAUACUCCGACGAAGAGCCGGCCCACUUUCAGGGUCGGGUCUUCCUCUUCGAACGGGACGGACUCGGUGGCCGGACGACAAGAAGGCUCUUCGCUGCGUUCGCUGAGUCCCCGGAUCCUCGAGGCGUCUGCGCAGGAACCUUCGACUCGUAUAUCCGCUACGAACGCUACGUCGAAUGCUACCGCCGCCCCUACGUCUCGUGCCGCGGCUGCCCCUCAACCUCAUCUGUCAUCUCAGUCACAUCCGGCCCAGUCGGCUCGUGCUCAACCGCCACCCCAAACUGCGUCGCAACGACCUCCCUCGAAUCCGGCCCAAGGACCGUCGACGUCAACUCAGCAGCCCGAGCCCGCGUCGCACCGGCGCGGUAUCCUCAUCAGCGAGUCAUCCGAUUACGAGACCACGGACACCGAGGGCGACGAGGACGAUAGCUGGGAGUCCGAGGAAGUGUCCGACCAGCCACCGACGCGCGCGCCGGUCCACCACCAAAACGCCCACCAUCACGCGCACCAGCACCAGCGCUUCGCCGCCGACCAGAACCGGCGCACGGCUGCGAUCUCUGCUGCCACGAGCGAGCGGAUCCGCAUCCAGGAGGCAGCAAUGGAGGCGCAGCGGCAGCGCGAUAUGUUCGCGAAGCUGCCGAAGAGGAGCUAUUCGAACCUUCAGCGGACGCAGUCGGGGCUGCUGAGCCAGCUGCUGAACCCUGACCCUGCCAUAUUCCCGCCCGAGCACCCGUACCGCCGCAGCUCCGAGGACAUUGCGGGGAAGGCUAGGGGCUUUGGGUUGUCCGGCUUCGGGAUGACGGCAAUGGGCAACCAUGUCGGCGCGCCGAAGUUGCAGACGAGCAAGAGUACUGCGAGCAUUGCGGAAGCCGUUCCGGUGCAGGUUCAGGCUAAUGUCACUGUGCCUACCGCAGGACCAAGCAACGCUCGUCAACAGGAUCCAAAGGCGGGUUACAAGCCGAAGGGGAUGCCGAAAGCGGGGGAUGUCGAGUACGAGACGGAUAGUGAGGACGAGGAGGGCGAGAACACUAUUCAAGUGUCUAAGAGCCUCGCGCAGCAGAAGCUCGCUGCGCUGGCAGGACCGCAUCGACGAACAUCGUCCGGGCAGCAGGAACAGCAACAACGACAACAACAGCAGUUUCAGCAACAGCAGCAGCAACGUCCGCCUGUCCCUCCUAACGUCGCGAACCGUCAACUCCCCGAAAAGCCUCCUCCUCUAACUAACCGCAACCAUACCGAGCCCCAGCCGUCCCGCCCUGAUAGGCCGAUGCUUUCGACUGUCGCUACCGCGCCGAUUCCUCUUAACCACCCGUACAACCUCCCCGCCCCCGCACCGCCGAUGACACCUCGUACGACUCGUCGCCAGAUGCUCGCUACCGAGCUAUCUGAGAGUCUACGAAGGAAUUUGUUGUGGGAGCGGCAGGUGAGCAAAGUGAACAUGAUCGGUCGACGGAGUGGUGUGCUCGGCGGGGGCUUGAGGCCAUUAACGAGUACGACCGGGCAGCAGGCGGGUGGGAGCGGACAGCAGGAGCAGCAGGGUGGAGAUUCGCGGCCGAAGACGAAAGAGGAGGAGCGGGAGGAGAAGAGGAAGCAGGCCAUGGCGAGGAAUCGCAGUUGGGCCGAUGACUACCACUAUUCUGGGUGGUGAUCGUUCCUCGUUGUGGUGCGUGCUCGUGUGCAUUGUGGAUUUUUUCGUGUUGGGUCUCUUUCCAUCAGUUCUCUUGUCUUGCGGGUCUCUUUAGUCUAUCUCUGUGCUAUUAUGUCCCAAGUCCUCAUUGCAUUUUCUCCUGCUUUUUGCAUCAUCCAUCCAUCAUACGAUAUAACUACCGUCUACGUCCGUAGCUCGUAACAUUGUCACAUUGUUGUACAGUAGCAUCCUCUGCAGUAUAUAGUUAUCUCUAAUAGCAGACAGGUUAUGUGGUCAGUUACUGGAUUGGCUGCCACACACUAGCUUCG